ACGUGUUAAUAAUUAUCAUAUAUACGCGCCUGUUUCGAGGACAGACAAGCGGAAGUGCUAAGCCUAAUAUUUGGCCCUCCUAGCCGUCAGAGGUUGUCCGUACAGCAGUGCACACAUACAUAUAUAGCAAUUUAUUAUUUUGUCAAACACGGCCUUUUUACGUUGGGCAAAUCAGUCUAAUAUGGAUCUUGGUAGCACGCGCGCCGGUCACGAAAAUGAUCCCAAAAUUAUUAAUUUACAUCGUUAUAAUUUCCAUGCCUUCGGCUCACGGGCAGCUCCUUCAGCUGUUGUUGCCUCAGGCACUGAAUUCAUUCAAAGGUUCAAUUGGAAACCUGACCAAUCCCGUAGAGACUCUCAACAAUAUCAUCGAUGGAGAAAUCUUCACGAAAAUGCUCCGGUUUCUGACUAGUGUUAUCCUGACCGUGGCAUGGACCGUCGAUGCCGACAGGAACGUUCAAAAUCUCCUGACCGACAAUAUCGUAGCCUCUAAACGUGUUCGCUUUGUGAGAGACUACAACCUCGGCCUCCGAAACGAAGACUGGCAACUCAGCAGCAUUCAACUCGUCGAAAAGUAUGGUUUUCCAGUGGAGACUCACGAGACUGUUACAGAAGAUGGAUAUGUUCUCGGAUUAUUCAGAAUACGAGGUGGCGGUCCAGUUGUGUUUCUGAUGCAUGGGUUAAGCGGAAGUGCUGAUGACUUUGUGAUAUCAGGACCGGACAGUGGCAUAGCCUAUUUGCUUGCAAAAGACGGCUACGAUGUAUGGAUGGGUAAUGCGCGCGGCACCAAACAUUCCUUAAGACACGUUCAGCUAAAACCAUCUUGGGCGAAAUUUUGGGAUUUCUCCUGGCACGAGAUCGGAUACUUCGAUCUUCCAGCUAUGAUCGAUUACACCUUGAACGCUACAAAUCAAGAUACUUUGAAAUACAUUGGGCACUCGCAAGGCACAACGUGCUUCUGGGUAAUGUGUUCGGAGAGACCGGACUAUAAUGACAAAGUAUCCCUUAUGGUUGCAUUAGCUCCAGUCGCUUUCAUGUAUAACGCCCAGUCUCCUAUUCUUCGUGGACUUGUGUCCGUGCCCGGACUAGUGGAUAGUUUCUCAUCGAGAGAAGGCAGAGAAAUGUACAUGAGACAAUCUUGUGGCGACGCUGGUGGGCCGUUAUACAAAUUAUUCUGCGUUAACUUUCUACUCUUUACCUCUGGGUUUAACUUGAACACUAUGAACGCGUCAGUUUUACCAGUUCUCCUAGGCCACGCUUCGGCUGGUUCAUCGGUGAAACAAAGUAUUCACUAUGCACAGCAAAUCGUUUCGGGAAAAUUUAGAAGAUUCGAUUAUGGUGUCACUGAAAAUAUACGAAGGUAUGGCUUCCGAGAACCCCCGAAUUAUGAAUUAACGAAUAUAAGAACGCCCGUGGCUCUAAUUUAUAGUGAUACGGACUGGCUAUCAGAUGUCCGCGACGUCGAAAAGCUACUGUAUUAUUUGCCGAACGUUUUCGAUACUUACAAAAUACAGCAUCAACAGUUUACCCAUCUCGACUACGUAUUAGGAAAAAAUCUGAAAGAUACGAUUUACAAACGGAUGAAAAUAAUGUUAUCUUCAGUUUUAGUAUUUUUGAAUAGCACAGAGCAUGCACAGUAUUAG